AUGGGCCGUCCCUCUCUACUUUAUAAGGGGGCUUUGGCUUGGGACAUGAACCAAGAGAAGACCGCUGCCCAUCAGAAGCGCGAUGCUCUCUUUGAUGCCAAGCUCCGUGUCGAGUGUGAUCGGCCAGGACCAUUUUACAAGUUUGCGGUCAAAACCUUUGAUGACGGAGUAAUCACAAGCCAGGCCAUCCUACGUCGCUUCGCCAGAUCUCCAGACUUAACCCCGGAGUCCACCGAUAUGGGAUUCGGUCAGAUCGUGGCUCUUCUCCUGCUCGUGCAGCCACUGAUGGCAGUGGGAAAGGUACGCACAGGAAACCAGGCUGAAGAAGUACCCGUUGAAAUUGAGGUUUCAUAUUAUCAAUGCCAGAUGAGCGGUGACGAUGUCGAAUCAAGAUCAUCACCUGCACAACCUUGCAGCUAUGGCACACACUUCGACGAGAUGAAACGAUACUUCUAUACAACUAUAAAUGACCCAAACCUGCUUCCAAAAGAUCGACAGGAACACAUUUAA